UAGUGCAUCUAAUAGUCUUAGUAUUUUUAUCUUGAUGGUCGCUUUGUUGCUUAGUAUAGUAAUUUUGUCACUUUAUAGAUAAUGUAUGCGUUUUAACAUUUUCUAACCAUCAUACUUAACUACUUAACGUACAUGUAACUCUGCGGCUAAAAUGAAAUGAAUAAUUUAUAAUGACUUCACUGCAUGUGUUGGUGUUGUUAAAUAAUAAUCCUUUUAUGGGAAUCACUUUGGACAGGUGUUUGUCCUAGUAAGGACAUAGGUACUUGCGUGUAAGGAGCGAACGAUAUCCCUGUUUAUCAGUCGGACUGAUAGGGAAUGAUAUAAACUGAAGGAAACACGGUUGACUAGGGGAGUAGUAAGAUAAUCGCCGACAGUUAGGGACGUGUGACCGGGCUUGGACUCUCUCCUGUAAAAACACAGACAUGUCUUCUUUAAAGAAACUGACGAGGCUGCAAAACCCGUUAGCUCGGGAGAUAAUAGCAGAAUAUAUUGGAACAUUUAUCCUUGUAACGUUUGCGAUCGGUUCUGGUGCCCAGUAUGUCCUCAGUCGUCAAGAGUUUAGCAGUUUUCUCACUGUCAAUUUUGCCGGGGGAAUGGGAUUGACUCUAGGGAUUUACUUCUCUGGAGGCGUGUCAGGAGGGUCCCUCAACCCAGCCGUGACGCUAGCUUUGUGCCUUAGUGGGCGUGUGCCCUGGUUUAAAUGGCCUUUCUACUCUAUAGCAGAACUAGCAGGGGCCUUUACAGCCGCAGCCGUCCAGUUUGGUAUAUACUAUGACGCCAUCAACCAUUUCGACUCCGGAUAUCGACAAACAACAGGAGCUAACGCAACAGCCGGAAUAUUCGCCACGUACCCUCAAGAAUUUGUGUCAACAACAAACACAUUUUUUGACCAGGUGUUCGGUACGUUCCUGCUGAUAAGUUGUAUACUCGCAAUAACAGACAAACGUAACAUGCUACCACAUUUAGGACUUCAGCCACUAGCUCUUGGAUCAAUCGUAUUCGCCAUCGGUACAUCAUUUGGCUUCAAUUGUGGUUAUGCUAUCAACCCAGCUCGGGAUCUUGGUCCACGGAUUUUCACAGCCAUUGCUGGGUAUGGAACGGAACCAUUCAGUUACAGGGACUAUAACUGGUUCUGGGUGCCCAUAGUUGGUCCAAUGGUAGGAUCGUUCCUCGGCUGGGCUGUCUAUGCUAUCACGAUAGAAAAUCAUUGGCCACCAGACGAGAACAAUCUAAAUGAAGAGGGGGUCAUUGGCGACCUUGACCGGGCCGUUAGCGAAAAAAAUCAUGAUGGCUAUAUCAAUCACGGGUAUCAUAAAGAAAUAGAAGAUUUACCACACCAUAUAUAAAACAUGGGUUAGAAAACGGAAUAUAUUCGACGGCAGCUUCGACAAAGAUGUAGUACCAACGGUCUGUAAUCUCCACUUAAGCUUGUCCCAUAAAAACUGAACAUGUGCUCCAUGGA